UUUUAAAUUAAGGUGGCAACAUCAUUGUUCUCAUGCCGCAUUAAUUGUCAAAAUAAAAAAUAUUGUAAACAUUCUUCACUUGAAUUUUUAACAUUCUUAUUUAUAAAAAUAUCACUAAUAUCAAAUAAAUAUGGAUGUCGGUGAACUACUGUCUUUCAAGCCAGAGCAGACUCCAAAACGUCCACAUGAUGACGAUGAUGAUUACUUAUUGAAUUCCUCGGAGGACAGAUCUACUCGAUAUGUUAAAAGGGAUGAAAAAUCAAAGCGAAUGCGCCGCAUUGAGCAAGCCAAAGAGUCAGCAGAUUUCGUGAAACCUGAUGUUCCAUCAUUGGAUUCCUUUUUCGGUCCUGAGCUGACCGAAGAAGAGCGAAUCAAUAUAUUGAAUUAUGUAGAAAACGAAGAUGCGGAAGGUGACGUACUUGAUGAAGUUGGACUUAAGAAAUUGCUACUGGUUUUUGAAAAACGUAAUUUGAAAAACCAGGAAAUGAGAAUCAAAUAUCCUGAUAAUCCAGAAAAGUUUAUGGAAUCGGAAGUUGAUCUGCAUUCAGUCAUACAGGAGUUAAAAGGAGUUGCGACAGUGCCAGAUCUUUACCCAGUUUUGGUGGAAUUGCAUGGCAUACCUAGUAUCUUGGAAUUACUCGCACAUCCAAAUACAGACAUAGCAGUUGCUAUUGUGGAUCUCUUGCAAGAAGUCACCGAUGUAGAUAUAUUAGGAGAGAGUAGUGAGGGAGCAGAAAUUUUGAUUGAAGCUUUACGUAAACAACAGGUCUGUGCACUUUUAGUACAAAAUUUAGAACGUCUCAACGAAGAAGUAAAAGAAGAAGCAGAUGGAGUUCAUAACUCUUUGGCCAUCGUGGAAAAUUUAACAGAAAUGCACAGUGAUAUUGUUAGAGAAGCAGCUGAGCAAGGCCUACUUGCUUGGCUACUUAAAAGGCUCAAACAAAAGUCACCCUUUGAUCCCAAUAAACUUUAUUGUAGUGAAAUCCUUUCCAUACUAAUACAAACAAACAACGAUAAUCGUCUAAUGCUUGGCACUAUUGAUGGCAUUGAUGUAUUACUGCAACAGCUAGCUAUUUAUAAGCGACAUGAUCCAUCCUCCACGGAGGAACAGGAAUAUAUGGAAAAUCUAUUCAAUUGCCUUUGUUCAGCGCUGAUGGCCAAAGAAAACCGAGAUCGUUUUCUGAAAGGCGAAGGCUUGCAGCUUAUGAAUUUAAUGUUGCGAGAGAAAAAGAUGUCACGAAAUGGUUCGCUGAAAGUGCUCGAUCAUGCCAUGUCUGGUCCAGAUGGUCGUGAAAACUGUAAUAAAUUCGUAGACAUACUUGGACUUCGUACAAUUUUCCCAUUGUUCAUGAAGACACCGAAACGCAAUAAGAAACAUCUAUUAUCAUCGGAUGAGCACGAGGAGCAUGUUUGUUCAGUGAUAGCUUCGAUGCUGAGAAAUUGUAGAGGAGCGCAACGACAAAGACUGUUAUCGAAAUUCACCGAGAAUGACCACGAAAAAGUAGAUCGGUUGCUAGAGUUGCAUUUGAAAUACUUGGAAAAAGUAGAAACCGUAGACCGGGAAAUAGAUCAACAAGAAAAGAAUACUGAAAUCGAUGAAGAUGAGGAAGCAGAAAAUAACUACAUCAAGCGAUUGACAGGCGGACUUUUCACGUUGCAGCGAAUAGACUAUAUUAUUUUAGAAGUAUCAGCCACUGCGGAUACGGUGAAGCAACGAGUUGUACAAAUUUUGAAUUUACGGGGUUCAUCAAUGAAAACUAUAAGGAAUGUUAUGCGAGAAUACGCCGGGAAUUUGGGCGACGACGGUGAUGCCGAUUGGAAGGAACAGGAGCAAUCACAUAUCGUUUCAUUGAUUGACAGGUUCUAAAAUGUAUUCAUAAAACAAACAACAACUGAGGCAUGUCCGUUUUUAUGAAGCCGAAAACUUGUUUAAUAAAUUGCUUUUGGUAUAAUGUGCAAACAAAUACAUACAAUUUUGAAAAAAUAAAUGAAAAUUCCAUAAUAAUUACUUAA